ACACGAAGCGUAAACUUUGGCGUAAAUUUGGAAUUUGAUCAAAACAUCUGUCAAAAAGUUUACGCUUCGUGUGACGGCGUUUUUGGUCGGUCAAUAGCGCUGAUGCGUAAACUUGCUGUCAAAUCGUUGUUACCGGCGGAUUGUUGAUGUGGAUGCCAUUGUGUGUUGUGUUGAUAUUUUAUAAAAACGUCGAAGAAAGUUUAAUAUAAUAAAAUGGACUCACUACUAAUGAACAAAUCGUGGCUCUCUGCAGUUGAAAAAGUGUUAGAGGCUUCUGAAGCUAGGGAAGCCGGUCGCCGGCCAGCAAAUCGCCGUUGCUAUUGGGUUCAACCGUUGUUUAUGGAGCGCCGGCAAAUUGGAAACGAUGUGCUAAAGCAUGUAUCUGCCGAACGUACAGGUGCGAUGCUGCUGAAAUUCCUUCGCAUGAAUAGGCAAGAUUUCGACUUUUUGGUGGGGCUUGUUCGUCCUAUGAUCGAGCGCAUGGAUACAAACAUGCGGGAAGCGAUUACUACCCAGGAAAGGGUAUUAAUCGCGUUGCGUUAUAUGGCAACUGGCGAAACGUUUACAGGCCUGCAGUAUAUGUUUCGUGUGUCUCGUCCAUGCAUUGCCCAAAUAGUAAUGGAAGUGUGUAAAUGCAUUCGAGAGGCUCUACGUGACUAUGUUAAGACGCCGUGUUCGCGACAUGAAUGGCUCGAUAUUUCUGAGCAAUUUGAACGACGCUGGAACUUUCCACAUGCAAUUGGUGCCAUCGACGGCAAACAUGUCCGUAUUCGAAAACCCAAUCACGGCGGCUCUGAAUAUUUUAAUUACAAGGGUUUUAAUAGCAUUGUGUUAAUGGUUGUAGUUGAUGCUAACUACAAUUUCCUGUGUGCUGAUGCUGGAGGCAAAGGAGGCAUUUCUGACGGUGGAAUUUUUAAAAACACUCGAUUAUAUCAAAAAUUCGAGAACAAACAGUUGAAUAUUCCGGAGCCGAAGCCAUUGCGUGUGCCGUAUGCAAUAGACGUUCCGUAUUUUAUACUCGGCGAUCAGGCGUUUGCAUUUACGGAUUAUUGUAUCCGUCCAUUUCCUGGGACACAUGCAUCGGGCAGCAUUGAACGCGUGUUCAAUUAUCGUCAUUCUCGUGGCCGUACGGUUGCCGAAAAUGCUUUAGGCCACAUAUCCAAUCGGUUCUGGAUAUACCAAACCCCAAUUCAACUUCAACCAGAAAAAGCUACUGAAGUUGUACUAACUACAAUUUAUUUGCAUAAUUUUCUCUGCAAAAGAUCGUCAAGAACUUUGUAUGCUCCUGCAACGGCAUUUGAUAGAGUUGUUGACGGGAGGCUUGUGGCAGGUGAUUGGAGGAGUAAUGACACGUUGGCUCCUUUAGAGUAUUUUUCAUCCCGGCCUUCUAAUACACUGAGAGAUAUACGUAUUCACAUGGCCAAGGACUUCGUGAACAACAAUCGUUUAAGAUAAUAAAACAAGAAACAAAACAGAUAAUUAUCCCCAUUUGGUCUUGGAAAGAAAUGAAUUUGUUUUUCUUUGUUUCCCUUCUUCAUCAGAUACUGGUCAUGUUGCGUUUUCUAUCUGAAGGGGUUAAAGAUCGAAAAAACUUGAGUUCUUUUAAAAUGGUUUGUUUCAUAACUACUACUCGCUUUUAGUGAUUAUGUAGGACAACUUACAGUAUUCAAGAAUCAACGGCGAUUAGAUCUCCACUCCGCGUGUCACUGUUGCCAGUAUUUCUGUUGCGCUGCAUGUUAGGCCACAAAUACAGCAUGAGCAUCUCUGCGUUACCGCGGUAGCGCGUUCGAAUGACAUUUCAUUUCUAUGGCUGGAUUGUUAUACGCGUUUCCGCGGGCGCGAAAACGCAAGUCGUAUAUUAGCGGCCUUAGAUAACUUUAAUUGCUCGUUGCA